AUGUCAUUUCUAAAUGGCACCAGCCUAAGUCCAGCUUCAUUCAUCCUAAAUGGCAUCCCUGGUCUGGAAGAAGUUCAUCUGUGGAUCUCCUUCCCGUUGUGUACCAUGUACAGCAUUGCUGUUACAGGGAACUUUGGCCUUAUCUAUCUCAUCUACUCUGAAGAGGCCUUACACAGACCUAUGUACGUCUUCCUAGGCCUUCUUUCCUUCACGGAUGUGCUCAUGUGCACCGGCACCCUGCCCAACACCCUCUGCAUAUUGUGGUUCAACCUCAAGGAGAUCGAUUUCAAAGCCUGCUUAGCCCAGAUGUUCUUUGUGCACACCUUCACAGGGAUGGAGUCUGGGGUGCUCAUGCUCAUGGCCCUGGACCGCUAUGUGGCCAUCUGCUACCCACUGCGCUAUGUCACUGUCCUCACUAAUUCAGUCAUUGCCAAGGCCAGGCUCCUCACUUUCCUUCAAGGUGUGAUGCUUGUUUUCCCUUUCACUUUCCUCACCAAGCGCCUGCCAUACUGCAGGGACAAUGUCAUCCCACACACCUACUGUGACCAGUAA